GGAGUAACUUGUAAUUUUAACGAGAGAACAUAAGUAGAAGUCCAUAAGACCAAUGGACAUUUUUUUUUUUUGGUUGAGUAUAUAACUGUAAUCUCCAAUUAUGAUUUCUUAAAAACCCUCAUAUUUCUUGAUACCAGAAAACAAAACCAAUUCAAAAUUCCGUAAUUCAAAAUUCCGUUUAUUUCGAGAAAAAGUAGCGGGAAAAAGCUGGAAACGGCUUUGCGUUUGCGUAGGGCCCUCCCACUGGCCAGCCUCGUGUUGAUUCAUUAUUAUUUUUAAUUUAUUAUUUGUCCGGGUAAUUUUCUGAUUUUCCCACCAGCGGAUGGAAUGUGGCUGAUUUUACAUUGGAUGCGACGUCGUUCCACGGCGGCUUUCUGAUUCCUAAUGUAGCUAGGGUUUCAUACUGGCAGCCGGAAACCUCAAUUAAAUGCUUCGGCCUCUACGCCCCAUGGUCUACUCCAUGACGAAAUUUCAAUGCUUGGAUUAUGUAAUCUGUAAUUCUUUUUCGACGUUGCCACGAAUUCAACUCCCAUCUCCCAAGGAAAUCCAUCUAUGGUACAUAAAACCCAGCGAAGUGAAGGAUGAAUCAUUACUAAACCAGUACAAAGAAAUUUUAUCGCCUGCUGAGAAAGAUAAGGUCUCUCAAAUGAGUAGCGAGGAGUUGAGAAAGAACGCCCUGUUAGCACGUGCUUUGGUCCGUACUACAAUUGCUAGAUAUCAGAUAAAUUCUCAAGUUUGUCCAAAAUCAUUGAACUUUGUGACGAAUGCUCAUGGGAAACCAGAGGUGGAUUGGCAAUAUAAAGAUAUUUUGCGUCCUGCACCCCUGCAUUUUAACAUGUCACAUACUUCUUCUUUAAUUGCUUGUGCGGUAGCUGUUGAUUCCCCUAUUGGUCUUGAUGUGGAAGAGAAGAAUCGGGUGUUAAGACAUAACAUCAUGUCCUUUGCUAAACGGUUUUUCACGAAGCAUGAACUUCAAGUGUUAUCUGCUAUUUCCGAUCCCCAAGUUCAGCACCAGGAGUUAAUAAAAUUAUGGACUCUCAAGGAAGCAUAUGUUAAAGCAUCGGGGCGAGGUUUCUCUGGCGCACCAUUCAGAUCAUUUACCAUCCAGAUCAAGGAUGGCAGAAAUGGAAGCCUAAUGGGAAAUUUUAAUUCUGAGGUAAGUCAGAAAGACUUCAUUAGAUGUAAUUCUCUGGAGCCUUGACUGCUUUUGGGGUGAUAAUUUUCCGUCCAUUUAAUGCAUUUGUCCCAAUUACUUGCUAUGAGCCUUGUGUUUCGAUAAUAGCGUCAAAUUGAUUGCAAGAGGGUGUCGCCAGUACUAUCUUGCUGCAUAUCACACUGACAGGUAUUUGAGUUCAAUACUUUUCAAUCACAGAAAUGGAUGGUUACAAUUUUGACUGUUCGGAAUCACAUCUAAUUAUUGUCAUCAUGUGUAAUCGGGAAUGACAAGUCUUGGUUUUUCCCUUGAGUUUUUAGGUAUAUUUGUUUCAGCAGACUUCAUCCCUUUAUCUUAUGGUUUUAGCCAGGGAGUGAGAUUCUUAUAUCUGCUGAAGUUGUGAAAGCGAAGUGCUAGAUAUGUCGCAUAUAUAUGAAACUACCUUUUAAAUGGAUCUUCAUUAUCAUCUGUAUUUG